AUGAUCGCUGCCCAGGGCUUCAUGACCGGCGCGUUCCGCUUCGGCUCCGUCUCCAUCCUGGCUCAUAUGAUCAUGAACCUUCCCCACCCCUUCGUCUUCUCCGCGCCAAGUCCACCUGCCCACCCCGCGACACAACCCCGUCCCCGUCCGUCGAUAUUCUCCCGCGACUAUCUUCGUUCCCGGCUCUUCCACCGCCCACUCGAGGGUUUCUCGGAAUGGAUCUCCCCAGGAUCCAAAGUCUACCGCGGUCUGACCCCCCAAUUCAAAGUCUUCCUGCAAAUGGCAGCUGUGACGUUGGGUGGAUGUAUCUGGGCAGAGAAACGCGUCACGGAGUACAUUGACCUAGUUCGAAAGAUUAAACGCGCAGAGCGGAUGCAAGCGGAGAGGGCGCAGGGUACACGUCCUUAA